AUGUUUUCCGAUGAGGAAAUAAAAGAAAUCCCAGAUAGCAGUUUCAUGCGACCGGGCGACGAGAUUAUAAGUAUUCGUGAAGUGUGUCUUACUGACAAGUUUGACAAAAAGGACUUGGGAUUUAAUGGUGAAUCUUUGCUGACCAACUCUGUGAAAAAUGAACUGGACGUCCACCGCUCUUUUUUCCGGGACGGCUUCUUCCCCGAGGGCUUGGAGCAGCCACAAGCAAGGUUCGCGUGGACCGAGGAAGAUGGCAAUAUUGCCUCGCUGGUCUCCGAGCCUGGGUUCGGUACCACGGGGCAGACCACCUUCGGGAAAGACCUGGAUGCUGCCCUGAAGAGUGAGAUGAAGGAAGCGGACACAUCAAGUGCGGUGUUCCAACCCAGCAAGUCUCGCAACGGACUGACGUUCACCAGGAAACCAUAUGUGGAGCCACACCUCGUGUCCUCUACCUCCUCAGGACCUGGCAAUAAGAAUGUACCCUGCAAAGUGGACAAGGCUGAUCCGCGCUCUAGAUUUCACUACGUGAAGUAUGUGAAGAGACACGGACGCACCAUCAAGCUGUGGGAGUGUGGAAUAUGUAGCCGCGAAUUCCAGCACCAAUAUACCCUGAUGCGUCAUUUACCGACGCACACUGACGAACGCAACUUCCACUGUGAUGCUUGUGGCAAGAGCUUCCGACAGCUGUCCACCCUCAGUCAGCAUCGCGCCAUACAUUCCUCUGAACGGCCUUACGCUUGUGAGGUAUGCAGCAAAACAUUCAACCGUGUCUCCACCCUGAUCUCCCACCGCAAGACCCACUCCGAAGAGAAGCCAUACAAGUGCCACAUCUGUCCCAAAGGAUUCCAUCAGAAAGGCAACUUACGCAAUCACCUGUUCACGCAUACCAACGAGCGUCCUUACCGCUGCCACGUCUGCAUGAAAGGCUUCAACCAGCAAUCCAACUUAGUAUGCCAUAAAAACAAGGCACAUCCUGAUGAGAAUUGCAUCAACGUAGUGAGAGGUAAAAGUGCGCCGCGUAGACCUGCAUCUGAGACUCAACCGGAUUCCACCAGACCGCCUCCAAUCGAACAUUGCGAAGUAUCUUCCUCAGUGGAGUCUUACCUACCUUCCAUCGAAGGCCCUUCUUCAUCUACUUGGACCAAACCUACUUCCUGGGACAUGCCAAAACCAUACCCAGAACAAGGAGACAUAUGGGGCAACGAAGGACAACUAGGAGCCGGGGUCAUAGUGGACCCGAUAAAGACUUACCAUAUGGAUGUCGCUUUGGCUAAAAAACAAACACCCUUUGCGUUGCUUAAGCCUGAUAAUGGAACCCCAGUUUUGGUUAAAGUUGUUGAUACAUGUCUGCCUGGCGGGAAACAGAUGUUGGUGCCAGCCACAGCAGAGGAUUUGAGAGAUGGAGGGAAAAUUGUAGUGAAAAAUGAAGAUGAAGAAACAGGCACGGGCGUGGGAGGCGCGGUGCAGAUCCGAGUGCCGGUGGUAGCGACUGUGGUACCGCAGAUCAAGCCUGGCGGCAGGCUGCAGCUGAUCGUUGAGGAGCCCCACCAUGCGUACCACACCGCACUGUCUUCUGAUGUGGGACAUCUCGAGCCAUGCACGAGCACAGGCGCCCCCUUGCCACCGAUGCCGCCUGUCAUACCGCGCCCAGAGAUACUGCGACGCAACGACCACUGCAAUUCUUAUGAUGACGAUCCACUUAGACCAGCUGUUAGAAUAUCUUCAACCUGCGCACUGCCACCGCCAGCGUUGUCUCCUCCACUGGAUCUGAUCUCUAUGGACCUGUUCGAGCCCAUGGAGUGCAUACCUAUGGGGCCUCAAAUCACAGCAGUGGAUAAUAUAGACCAGCCACCGCCUUCAGACGACUCUGACAUAUUCAUUGGACAAUUUGAAGAAAGCAUUCCCUUGUCGGACUCGGACUGAUGCCUAGUUUAAUUAUUUAUUAUUUUAGUUUUUUAUUGUUUGUUU